AUGGCACUUCUCAACGGUGGCGCCGUCUUUGCGAUAAUUACUUCUCUUGCCGCCAUUGCGGUCCCUGUGGCCGGGGAUAUUCCCGCAAUUAUUACUCCAAAGUACAUCGCGACAGCAGGCAACAGCUCUCUCUUUACUCGAUGGAGGCCUUACUCCCACUUUAUUGCGCCACACAGCUGGAUGAACGACCCUUGUGGUGCGGUUUACGACCCAACCACUAACACAUACCACCUGCAGUAUCAGUGGCAUCCGAACCAUGUGGCCUGGGGUAAUAUUUCAUGGGGACAUGCGAUUUCUUCAGACCUGUUCCACUGGUUCGACAUCCACGACUGGGUGAACGACUCUUCUGUUUCCCUCGCCGCUCACAAGUACCCUGCUGCCCCCCUUGCAAUAUUUAGCGGUACAACAAGACCAGUUAACGUCAAGGGCGUCCAGGAUGGCACUCUUCUGACUUUCGCUACUGGUAUCCACGCUCUACCUAGCAAGUGGAAGAGGCCAUAUGCCCUUAAUACUGAAGUGCAGGCCCUCUUUACCUCUACUGAUGCGGGAAAGACAUGGGAUGAAUUCGGCACUGUUAUUUCCAGCCCUCCUGAUGGUUGGAAUGUUACUGGAUGGAGAGAUCCUAGCUUCUUUCUCUCGGAGGAGCUCGACUCCCUUCGUCGGGUCAACAAGCCCCAUUACUAUAUGACCCUUGGCUCUGGCCUUAAGUCUGGCAACGUACCUAUUUCAUUCCCUGACGCCGCACGCCCCGGCUUUAUUGGACCUCGUAUCCCGCUUUAUUCUGCACCUGCAUCCGACCUGACCCAGUGGACCUUCCUUGGGGCCUUAUGGGAGCCUGCUGCUAAUGAGUCGCUGGGUAACCCUGAUGUUACUGGAUCUUGGGGUUAUAACUUUGAGACUAGUAGCUUCUUCAACCUCCCUAUUGGCAAGACUGGCAAGAAAGCCUGGUUUGUUACUAUGGGUACUGAGGGUGGUAACACUACUAUGCACUCGCAUAAGCACUGGGCGCUUUGGAACCGUGGAGACGUUGCACGCCGUGCUAACGGCUCAGUUGAGUUUAUACCUAACUCAGGCAGCGCCCUGGACUGGGGCCGUACUUAUUCUCAUAUCACCUGGGAAGACACAAAGCACCACAGCCGUCGCAUUGUGUGGGGAUGGGUUGGCGAAGACUUUGUGCCUGAGUACGCUAUGAAGAUGGCUAAGAAGUUCGGCUAUCAGGGAGCUAUAACAAUGCCACAGGAGCUAUACGUUCAAGAGAUCAAGGGCGUCCAGAACUGUGGCACUCAGCGAGAUGCCAGUGUCUGUGUUAAGAAUAGCCAGACUGGCGCUAUUGCACAGACACUUGGCAUUCGUCCUCUCCCCGACGUUCUGGAGUUGCUCCGUCGAGGCGCACAGAGCAAGGAAUUUAAGGUUGGCCAGCUUACUGACGCCACCAAACAUGUAUCUGCAAACGUCGGUACCUCAUACGAGCUAUACGCAACGCUUAGUAGCUUUCGAGGUUCGGCCGGCAUUAUUAUUGGCCAGAGCCCUGACAACGCUGAACACACCACUAUUGUUUUUGACGCGGACGCGUCGCAAAUUAGGGUCGUACGUCGCCAUAGUAGCCUGCUUCCCUACUUUGAUAAAGACACCCAUAUCGGCCACUUUAAGCCUUAUAUAAUUCGCCAGCCGGGCAGCCGGGAGUCAAAGGUUGAAGAUAUUAAUUUCCACCUCAUUCUUGACGGCUCCCUGCUUGAGAUUUGGGUGAAUGAUCGCUUUGCUUUAGCAACACGUAUCUACCCCUCUCGCAGCGACAGCACCGGUCUCAGCUUUUUUGUAGGCAACGCGGCGGCGCCUACUGGUGGUACGGCGACAUGGACGCAUGUUAAGGCCUGGAUCGGCCUUGCUAAGGCGUGGCCAAAGAGACCACAUGAUACUAGUGUUCCCUUGGUUUGGGAUACGCCUGAGGAGACAAACAACUACAAGUGGUGGGACGGGUGGUAG